AUGAAGUCAGUCGCCGCCGACUCCUACCUGUCCCUGGCUCAGAGCUACGGCCAUCCCUUCUACGGAGCUUUGCGCGGCGCGGAUCCUACGCGCAAUUACGCACCGCCUCCAUCCCUGGACUUCAACCCCAACAGCCGGGACAGCAGCGACGAUCAGACCGGGGACGACGAGGACGGCUACGAGCAGGGCAAGAGCGGGGGCCCCUACGACAACGAUGGGGGCAAGCUGGGCAGCAAGAAGCCCAAGGAGCAGAGGUCCCUGAGGCUGAGCAUCAACGCCAGAGAGAGGAGGAGGAUGCACGACCUCAACGAUGCCUUGGAUGGCCUCCGGUCAGUCAUCCCCUAUGCCCACAGCCCAUCGGUCAGGAAACUCUCCAAAAUUGCCACCCUGCUCCUGGCCAAGAACUACAUCCUCAUGCAGGCCCAGGCUCUGGAGGAGAUGAGGAGGCUGGUGGCUUACCUCAACCAAGGACAGACCUUGAGCAGCAACUUGACCAGCUCCCUGGCCCCCUUUGGACAGUCCUCUGUGUACCCAUACCCUGGCACCAACGUGCCAACCAGUCCUGAGAAAUGCACAGCCUUCCCUGGUGCCACCUCAAGCCUUUGCAAGCACUGUACAGACAAAGCUUGA